GUUUACGUCCCUCGUGGAGCCGGCCGACGUCAGCAAUCGAAUGGCAACAUUGUACCGAUGCCGAGGCACAGAGUUUAGGAGGCCGAUCUCUCGGUCGGCGGUCCGGCGCGGGAGGCGGAGGCAGAGCGGAGGCGGAGGCAGAGCUGCGGCGUGAGGUCAGCCCCGGCGAGCGGCGGACGCGCGCCCAGCAGCCGCGCACCCCGCACACGCAGUCCGGCGGCCUCGAGCGGGGCGCAUCGGGCGGCCCUCGGCCUGGCGCUGCGGUAGCACGGCUUGUAAACAGAUCCGGCCGCACGUGACCAUGUGAACUACCUGCUCUGGGGACGCGUAUUGUGUCUUCCGAGAGCCGCGCCACAAAGGAGCCUGACGGCCUGCGAGCGGAGGGAAGGGCACCGGCGCUCUAAGAUGGCUGAAGGCGCCCGGCGAGGGUGAGCGGGGGGCGCGGCGCAGCCACCGGCGAGACACGGCCGCACAGGCCGGGCGGGCCCUCCCGGCGGCCCGACGCCUGCGCCACCAUGUCGUUUGCGCUGGAGGAGACGCUCGAGGCCGACUGGGUGGCGGUGCGGCCCCAUGUGUUCGAUGAGCGCGAGAAGCACAAGUUCGUGUUCAUUGUGGCCUGGAACGAGAUUGAAGGCAAGUUUGCCAUAACCUGCCACAACCGGACGGCCCAGAGGCAGAGGAGCGGCUCCCGGGAACAGGCGGGGACGCCGGCAUCCGACGGGACCCGUGGGCCAGGCAGUCCGGCCACCAAGGGCCGGCCGGAGCCCGCUGCCUCUUCCACGGUGCUCAGGAGCCCCGGGCCGCGGCAGAGCUCGGCCUGGGCGGAGAGUGGCUCCCCGCGGAGCGCGCGCAGCCUGCGGGGGGACCCCGUGCCGCGGGGACCUGGCGGCAAAGGGCCGGAGAGUGCGCUCCGGAGCCCCGCGCGCGCCAAGGCCAGCCCGGUCCGCAGAGGUACCGAAGGCCGGGAUGCGGCUCUGUCAGUCCCCAAAGAGGGUCCGGUGUCGUCCGUGAGGGUGCUGAGCGCCUCCGGGGCGGUAUCGGAGGAGAUCGAGGUGCUGGACCUGGUGAGGGAAGACGAGGCGUCCCUGCCGGUGCCCGACCCGGAGCAGCAGCCGCCGGCCGCCGCCGAGCUGGAGUCCCCGGCUGAGGAGUGCAGCUGGGCCGGGCUCUUCUCCUUCCAGGACCUUCGGGCCGUGCACCAGCAGCUGUGCUCGGUGAACUCGCAGCUGGAGCGGUGUCUGCCGGUAUUCCCCGAGGAGCCAUCUGGCAUGUGGACCGUGCUGUUCGGGGGCGCCCCCGAGAUUAGUGAACAGGAGAUCGACACUCUGUGUUACCAGCUCCAGGUCUACCUGGGCCACGGCCUGGACACAUGCGGUUGGAAGAUCCUUUCCCAGGUGCUCUUCACCGAGCCCGACGAUCCCGAGGAGUAUUACGAAAGCCUCAGCGAGUUGCGGCAGAAGGGCUACGAGGAAGUGCUGCAGCGGGCCAGGAAGCGCAUCCAAGAGCUCUUGGACAAACAUAAAAAUAUAGAGAGCAUGGUGGAACUUUUGGACUUGUAUCAGAUGGAAGAUGAAGCCUACAGCAGCCUUGCAGAAGCUACAACUGAACUCUACCAGUAUUUACUUCAGCCAUUCCGAGACAUGAGAGAACUUGCCAUGCUGCGCAGACAGCAGAUCAAGAUUUCCAUGGAAAAUGAUUAUCUGGGACCUCGAAGAAUUGAGAGCCUCCAAAAAGAAGAUGCUGAUUGGCAGCGGAAAGCUCAUAUGGCUGUGCUGUCUAUUCAGGAUCUCACUGUGAAAUAUUUCGAAAUAACAGCUAAAGCUCAAAAAGCUGUGUAUGAUCGAAUGCGAGCAGAUCAGAAGAAAUUUGGUAAAGCAUCAUGGGCAGCAGCUGCUGAGCGUAUGGAAAAACUCCAGUAUGCAGUUUCUAAAGAGACUUUACAGAUGAUGAGAGCUAAAGAGAUCUGUUUGGAACAGAAGAAACAUGCACUAAAAGAAGAGAUGCAGAGUUUGCAGGGUGGCACAGAAGCUAUAGCUCAAUUGGAUCAGUUAGAAGCUGAUUAUUAUGACCUGCAACUUCAGUUGUAUGAAGUACAGUUUGAAAUCUUGAAAUGUGAAGAGUUACUAUUGACUGCACAACUGGAGAGCAUCAAAAGACUUAUAUCAGAAAAGAGAGAUGAAGUGGUAUAUUAUGACACUUACGAAAGCAUGGAGGCCAUGCUGGAAAAGGAGGAGUUGGCGGCUUCUGUGCAUGCACAGAGGGAGGAGCUACAGAAACUGCAGCAGAAAGCAAGGCAGCUGGAAGCAAGGCGUGGGCGUGUCUCAGCCAAGAAAGCCUACCUCAGAAAUAAAAAGGAAAUUUGUGUUGCAAAACACAAUGAAAAGUUCCAGCAGCGUUUUCAGUGUGCAGAAGAAUAUAGAGCCCAUCACACAGUGCAACUAAAGAGAGAAAAACUACAUGAUGAAGAGGAAAGAAAAAGUGCCUGGGUUAGCCAAGAGAGACAGAGAACACUGGAUAGACUUCGAACAUUUAAGCAGAGGUACCCCGGGCAAGUCAUACUUAAAUCAACCAGAUUACGAGUGGCCCAUGCAAGAAGAAAAAGUGCAGCGAGCCCUGUGCCCCAGGAGGAUAAGUGUGACUCUCUACCAGGAGUGUUGCUGGGAGAACAGAAAACAGAAGAGGUGGGAGAAGGAAGCCAGUGUUCGCCUUCACAGACAGCAGAACCCCAUAGCCUUGCCCUGCCUGCAGGCACUUCAUUAGCACAACUUGAAGCCGCUUCCUUACCUCCUGGCGUCCUUACCUCGGAACUGCCUCUCCCUGCUUCCCUUCCACUUUUGACUAGUGACAACCUCAAACCAUGUUCUCUCAUAGAUCCACUCCCACCCCCUCUUCUGAAAACACCCCCACCCCCUCUGCCUCCACCUCCACCUCCACCCCCUCCCCCACCCCCACCACCUCUGCCUGUUGCAAAGGACAGUGGUGCCACCACUAUUGCAGAGACACUGGAGAAAGAUCUGCCUAGAAAGGAGGGGAGUGAGAAGAGAAUCCCUAAGUCAGCCAGCGCCCCCUCUGCACACCUCUUUGAUAGCAGCCAGCUGGUCAGUGCACGGAAGAAGCUCAGAAAGACUGCUGAAGGCUUGCAGAAGAGGAGAGUGAGUUCACCCAUGGAUGAGGUGCUAGCAUCCUUGAAGCGUGGUAGUUUCCAUCUGAAAAAGGUUGAACAGCGAACUCUGCCUCCUUUUCCUGAUGAAGAUGAUAGUAAUAAUAUCUUGGCGCAGAUAAGGAAAGGUGUAAAAUUAAAGAAGGUUCAGAAAGAAGUUUUGAGAGAAUCAUUCACACUUCUGCCUGAUACAGACCCUCUAACACGGAGCAUCCACGAAGCUCUAAGAAGAAUUAAAGAAGCAUCUCCAGAGUCAGAGGAUGAGGAGGAGGCCUUGCCUUGCACAGACUGGGAGAAUUAACAAGUAACAGAAAGAAGAAAAAUACCUACAGAUGAAGACUGGUUCUGAUUCUUUGGGAAAACAGAAAUUGAGCUCUUGGUUCCACAAUUGGAUUCCACUAGAUCCUGAGUCUGUGGCUCAGUGGUAUGGAAAAAAAGGAAGCACAAUUGGCAGGUUAUUACUCCCAGUCAUUCUAGCUGAUAGUGCUCACUUGAGUUUCAGGUGUGCAAUGUUCCUGACUGCAAUGAAGAAAAGGCCUUCUGGCUAUUAUGCACCUUCUCUUCUCAGCUGCCCAUUACAUCCGGUGGCCACCCAUGCUAGUUGUCACUAUGAAUUCGAAAAAGAUUGGGUUGGUCAAGUUCUACUUGAGUGAGCUGCUUUGGAACUGCUUUGAGAUUCAUCUUUCAGUGUACUGAGAGUACAUUUGCUGAAAAUCAGCUGCUUCCACAUCAGCUUACAGAAGUAGUGACAGUCUAAAGAAGUUUAUCAUGGUAGUUAUAGGUCAGGAAUUAAAAGAAUCAGAGUAUACUUAAAAGAUCCACUUUAUUCAUCUCCAAAGGAAUUUUCAUAAAGAUGUUCAGCAUCUGAAAAGCCAAUUGGGAUAACAUUAAUGUGUGUGUAACAUGACACAUUGAACAAGGCAUAUUUUUAGGAGUCCAGAGUCUUACACUUUGUUAAGAGUUUGAAGUUAAAAUCUCCAUGCUUUUAAAUAGCAUUUCAUAAUUCUGAAUUUAUAAUAGUUUGAAUUUUAUGUACAUCCUGUUUAUGAGAAGCAAUGCUUUGUAAUUUAAUAAUGUUUCAAAUUAUUUUUAGUCCUUUUGUUUGAACUACUGCUUGGUUACUAUAACUCAUGACUUUCCUAUUGAGAAUCAAAAUCAGGAUUCAACAGUAGGGAUACAGAUUGCAAUUCUUUGUAUCAUGCACCAGUUUAAGGUUUUAUUAUUAUGCUCCACAGGGAAGAGCAUGUGCUCUGCAAAAGCCCAGAACGUAGCCAAAGACCGAAAAUCUCCAGCUGGCAUUUCACUACUUUGAAACACUCUGAAUAGAACUUGAGGAGAGAGCAUUUCUUACUGUCACUGAGUCUGUAUACUUAAUAUAUGAGCUUAUAUAUAGGUGCUGAUGUUUGCUGUGUUGGAACCUUGAAGGAUCCAUUUAUGAAUAGAGCUGACAUGUUUUGUCAGCAGGAUUAUGUGACCAUGCAGGAAGGUAGAUGUGCUGGUCCCAUUUCACGGCACUCUCUAAUGUGUGCUAAUGCUUAAGACAGAUCUUGGCUUUUAUAUGGAGGAAUCGAAAUACCAAAAAAAAAAAACCCCAAACAAACAAAAAAAACUUCAUACCUUAGAAAGCUGUUCUCUGGUUUAGCCCCAGAAGCAGUAUUGGAGUAAAAGCUCCUCAGCCUACACGAACACGUUUUCCAGCAGAAACACUGUUCACACUCUUGUCGUUUUUAAAGGCUAUUUUCUUUCAAAUAAUUAUGGAGGAAAUUUUCUGGCAGUGGGUUAUAGAAAACAGUCUUUGCAUGCAUCAGUAUUGAUAGCAUGUUUAUUGAUGAGACUAGGGGCUUCUCUAACCAUUUCUUGAUGUCUUGGUUUUGUUACCAGUGUUAAGCCCCACUUUUUGUCUGGGAUGACCAGUAAUACACCUAAUAGAUAACUAAAGUACCAAAACAUAUGUAACCCAAAGUGCCACUGGUUAGAUAAAAUGCCAAUUUUCAAUGUAAAUUUACAAACCUAAAAAUCAUCUAUCAGUUCUACAUAACAUUUCAUAUAUCCAGGUUUUUUAAAAUACUUGUUUAUAACAAGUUUGCCUCAAAUUUGCAAGUCAUCUUCUUGCCUUUGCCAUCCAUGCCUGCUUCUGAUUUCUUUUUUUUAGCUUUAGGAAAAUACAGAAUCUAAUGUUAACCAAAGCCACUGUGAUAUAGUAAGUCUUAACAAAAACUAGAGGGGUAUCAAGCCCUACUAAUCUGAGGUAGGGCUGCAUCCACAGCUCUUCGCACAUCUCAUCAGAGCUGUCUAGGAAUGACCUCAUUUGCUAAAAUCUGAGACUGCCCAUUUUCUGGCAUAUUAUUUUCUUCCAACACAUCCAUUUCCCUGCCUCAAGAUUCCUGUUCUUGUGCUGUGGGUAUGGCUCAGUAGUGGAGUGCAAGACCUUGGGUUCCACCUCUGGGACCUCUCCCCCUCCACCCUCCAAACAAAAUCCUACACAUUUGGAGUUAUGCACAAUAAAAUUUUAUGUAACUAGCAUCCACAUGUCUGUCAAACACCAGAUUAGCCCUCAUUAAUUUAAAGCAGUUUUAGAGUCCCACAAAAAUGACAUAAGCAUGGUUAAUGUUUUUCUUAGUUUCUUAUGCUCCUAUUAUAAUGAAGCCUUUUGGCUUUAUACCCGAUGCAGCCUGAAGACCAGAAGUGAUGAGCUCUGGCCUUGUAGUUAAUUUGUACAAGUUUGGUUAUGACACUAUUUCCAAAUAAUUGACAGUUACACUUCUGUGAAUAUGUCAUCUUUAUAUUCAUAAACAGCUGCUUGGUUAUGCUUAGUUGAUUUAGAAGUUAAUUUACAAAUAGAGUCCUAAUUGCAUUAUACAUAAAAUAGAGAAAGCAAGUAGAUUACUUGGCAAUGUUUAUGGCUAAUGCUAUUGGUUACACUUGAAUAUUAAUUUCAAAUAUUUCCCUUAAUGCAACCAAAAUGACAUACAAUAGCUAGUGUAGUGUGUAUAGAAAAAAAGAUAUUCUCGGCAGUUUUAAAUCCUAGUUGGUUGUAUCUUAGCCAUAUGGAAUUGUCUGGGGGAGUUUUUAAGGGAUCAACAGUUACCUUGUCUAAAGAAUAUAGAUUUAAUCUGGGCGUAGUUGUGUAUGCCUUUAAUCCCAGCACUUGGGAGGCAGAUGCAGGUGGAUCUCUGAGUUCGAGACCAGCUGGGGUUACAGGAAGGCCCUGUCUCAAAAAGACAGACAGACAGAGAGAGAGAGAGAAUAUAUAUAUAGACUUAAGGGAUUUGUGAACAGCAUAAAAACAGUCAUUCCUUAGUGUUUUUGUACAGCUUAAGCUUCUUUGCAAAAUGCAUUCUUAAGGGUACUGGUAGACACAGCUGGAGGUCAGUAAGGUAUGCAUCUUGGCCACGAUGGGUGAGCACUUUAUAGUGUAUGUAUGUGUUUGUAAGGAGAAUCCUCUUUUCUACAAAGUUGAAUGUGGAGCAACAUUGAUGUCACAGGUCAUGGCCACAUUGUGUCCUAAAAUGUGCUGAAUUGUAUACUAAGAAUUAAAACCCAGUGGACCCCAGCCUAAUGGGCAACCUCUUCAUGGAAUAGGGACACACCCAGGCUGCAGUUUCAUUCUCUACAUUCCAUGAGCCCUCGUUCUGGAAUUAACAUUCACUGAAUGUGCUUGUGUCCAUUUAAAUAAAUGAUUUUGACCUUAAAGCUUUCUUUCCCCAUUCCCAGCUUUGUUAUGUAUUAUGCACCAGAUACCAGCUGUAAAGUGGUUUUUGGCCCUAUCAGGGAGUUGAGGUUUCCUAUGUGAUACCAGGUUACUUGUAACAACAAAAAGGAGCCCUAAACAACUAAAAACAUUUCAAACUAUUGCAGACUACUUGUUAAAUGGAACCGUUUGACAGUGAAAGCAGCGAACUUUAGUCUUACCUAAUUCCUGCACUGACUAUAACUUAAUGUAAAGGUAAAUGUGCAUUUCAAACAGUUUGUUGCCAUUUGUUUAGUAUAGAAUUGUACUUGGUGUUAGCCAGUGACCACAAGAUUUAUUUUAGAUGGAAGAGAGAUGAUGAAGUAAAAGCACCUUACUGAUGGAGCACACUGAGUUUACUUAGAGCCACUGAGCAAUUCAGUAGUGAUUUCUGAACUCUGCUGCAAAGUCCUUUUUGUUAGAGCACAUUAAGAAGAGUCUGUGUAAUUGCUUUAUAAAAUGAAGCAGUGGUAUUUUUUAAUCUUAUAAAUAUGUAAUUUAAAAGGUUUUCCUACAAAAUGAGUUUAUAUAGUUACCUAAACUAUCAUGUAUGUAAACAGAAGUUUUAAAAGUGGGAGGGAAUCCUGGUUUGGAGUGUGUAUAGUGUGUGUAUAAACUAAACGUUUGCUGCUUUAGUUAUUUCAAAGAUGUGCAUAUUUUAAAUUUUUCUAUGUUUUGCCCACAGUAAAUGUACAAUGUGACACUUGUAUGGUUUCAUUGAUUGAAUUCCAAAUUUAUAAAUGUUUCCCUCCUUUUAAAAGCACAUUGGUCCACUACAAGGUGCAUGCACAGAAAUAUACCUCCGCGUCUACCAUGCUCGUGUGUGUUAUUUCACACUGAGUUUCAAGUCAGCCAUUUAUUUUGAGAGGAAGGGGAAGUUUUAUUUCAAUUUCUGUAAAUUCAGGUACAGUUAAGAGUGGCUCUGUUUGGGGCAAUUGAGUGCAAGUAGAAAAGACCUUGAAAAGUGAUGUUUGAAAACAAAAAGUGUUGGUGUUUGUUAUAAAGGUGAAUUUUAACAGGAGAAAAAAAAUUUUUUUCAUUUGCAUGUUAUAUGGUUAACUAUUAAGGUCCAGGGGAUAGCGCACUAUGCAGCCUACCCCAUGCUUAUUUCAUUGUCUGCAGGGGGGCAUGGUGGUGCACACCUUUAAUCCCAGCGUUCGCCUUUACUCCCAGGCAGAGGCAGGUGGAUCUCUGUGAGAUCAGGCCAGCCUGCUCAACAUAGAGCGUUCCAGGUCACCUGGGGCUACAGAGAAACCCUGUAUCAAGCCCUUUGCCUCACCCCACCCCCACAAAAAGAAGUCUCCGCAUCACUGGUCACAUUCCCCUUCAUUUGUGGGAGGCAGUGAGGGUGGAGAGUGCACCCCAUGCAGUGACUUCAGCUUCUUUGGCACAGUCCCCACUGGCUUACUGAAUUUCUCACUGUACUGUAUAUGUUUUCAAGUGUGAAACAAUAAUGUGUAGAUUAUGAAAAAUGGAAGGCUGCAGAUCAUUUUGCAUGAAUAAUGUCCACCAGGACUAAUGAAACUGACAUGUUUUUAGCCGUUUUGGGUAAAUGAAAAUUACAAUGGCAAACUGUCUCACCAUUUACUAGCUUUGUGCAAUACUAUAAAGGCAGAAGCAAAACACUAGUUCACCGUGCUUGGCUGUAAGGGUGGCUCUCCCACCAUCACAUCAAAUGGACGUUGUGUGCAGUGUACUGUAAAUGCCAUCUCUUGCAAAUUUAUAGUACUCAAAUAUGCUCAAUUAACAUCCUAAAGUAUUAAAAUACAAGGAAAAUACUAAGCAAGCAUUUAUAGCAAUACUCUGAAAUCUCCAAUACUUGUUUUGACUGUUGCCUUUUGCUCUUUAGUGUGACUUUUCUGCAUUGUAAUUAUUGUAUUGCUUUGUAUUUCAUGUUUUUACACUCAUGACUUCAGAGUUAAGUACUUGUACACCAAGUAUUGCAAUCACUUUUCUCUUAUUGUACAUGCAAUGUAACAACACACAGUUUUGGUGCUUAACAAUAUUCCUUUUUUUUCUUUAAUAAAGGAUAUUUAUUUGAAUUAA